CAGAAUAUGGAAACAGUCAGAUGUAUCAGAUAAGCACACUUGAAUGUGCAUACUUUUGUUGAGCAAGAAAAGUUCAGACUUUCUAUCGUUACAUUUUGGAGGACCAGAGAGGUGACCGACUGACUGUGGGGUUUCUCCCCCACACACUAUUGAUCCGAGGAGGUGGUCAUCCAAUACAUGAGGAGGUCAUGGAAACGGCUAACCCUGGUGCUAACAAUGCAUCUAGACAGGCAUCAAAGCCUAAGAAUUCGAAGCCCAAGAUAAGCAGGGCAAGGAAAGAAGACCAAGCUCACCCUGCUGCAAUAAGGGAGGAGGUUAGAGCACGAUGGCAAAAGCAGAGUGAGAUACGGCAGCAGGGUCGUGAGCGACUAUACGCUUACCUCAGUGAGGGUCUGAGGAAGAUGGAGACACAGGAGGCUGAGGAGGUGAAGGCCAGUCAGGCGACGGAAGACGUUGAGCAGAAGGAGAUGGCUAUGAGCUCUGAAAAGUGGAAAAGACAAGUGGAGAAGGAGCAAAAAGAGUUUGUGAGCGAGGUCAACACAAUCUUAGAGGAGCUCUCUCAGCGACACCUGGAUGAGACUGUGCCCGGACAUUUUCCAGUGACAGGUUCACACACCAAAGUGGGUGGAAGGAAAAUGGAGCUGGAAGCCAACAAUGCAAAAAGUAGACAAGAAAUGAACAGGCUGAGGCAGAGUAAAAGACAGUGUGAUGCAGAAAGAGAGAGAGAGAUGGAGAGGAAGAGAGAACGCAAGAGACUUCAGCAGGCAAGGCAAGAGACGCAGGUGGAUGAGGAGAGAGAAAUACAGAGGCAGAUGGACGUCAGGGCCAAACAGAAGGCAGAGAAACAGAGAGAGGUGGCAAUGAAGGAGCAGGAGUUAUCCCAUGACAUCAAACAACUGAAAGAUUUCAUUCAAAAGGUGUCAGAAACAGACAAGGAACUGCAUGAGAUGGCUCACAAAGAGUUGGAUAGACUGCGUAAACUUCAACUGUUCUACCAAAACAAGAAAAGGAAAGCUCUUGAGAGAAAACAACAAAUGCCAACAUUAAAAAUUGAGCAGAGGCAACAAAGAGAGAGGAAGGAGGAAGAGAUACAGACAAGAGAUAUAGAAAGACUGGUUGGCUUGGAUCGAACAGGGCUGUGGGGCAUUGGCCAGUCUUAUGGAUGUGCAGGUGAUGAAGGGAAGAGGGACAUGGAGAGGUUGAGAGCCAUUGAGCGAGCUCAGGAGCAAAAGCUACAGAUGGAAAGAUUGAAACAGGCUGAAGAAAGAAUUCUAGCAUUGGAGAGGGAAAGGGAGACACAUGCAAUUGAGCUGAGGUCAAGAAAUCAAGGUACCAAUAAGCAAGAAAUGGAGAUGAAUCAGCUCAAAACCCUAGAGAAAGAAAAGGAAAAGUUGGACAGAGACAACGAGAUACAGAGAGAAAGAGAACAAUUACAAAAACUGGAAUUGGAAACAGAAAGACAGAUACAGAAUAAAAGAUUGAGAGAGCUGGAAAGAGAAAGAGAGAGGUUGCAAAAGAUGGAGAGGCUGAAAGAAAUGCAGAGAGAAAGGGAAAGGCAUAUACAGAUGGAGAACCUGAAAGCAUCAGGAAGAGAGAAAGAGAUGAAGUUGGAAACAAGGGGGAAAUCGGUUCAUACAGGUACAGAGAGACAGACAGAACUAGAACCCCAAAAAGAAGUGGAUCUGAUAAAGCUAGAGAGAAUCAAAGAGUUGGAGAUGGAGAAACAGAAGCAGCAAGAGAUAGAACAGCUGAGCAAGCUAGAUAGAGAAAAACAAAAGCAGAAAGAGAUGGAUAGACUUAAAGAUUUGGAAAGAGAAAAGGCAAGACAGCAAGACAAUGAGAAAUUGGAAGGAAUCAAAAGACAGGAAGGACUGAAGAAGCAAUGGGAAGAAAAACAGAGAAAAGUGGAACAAGAAAUGGAGAGAAAACUUCUUCAAAAACAGAAAGAAAUGGAACAAGGUUUGAAUGGGAGACAGCAAAAGAUUGAGGAAGAGAGGCAGCAGAGAGAGAAGGAGAUGGAGCGUUUGAAAGAGAUGGAGAGAGAUAUCAAGAAGAAGGGAGAAAUGGAACUGAGGGAGAAAGAGGACACACUCAGACAGAUGGAACUGAAGCAACUGGACGAGUUGAACAAGAAAACCAAAGAAAAGGAAGAGUUGGAGAGAAAAUUCAAGGAGGAAGAGAGGUUGAAAGAGCAGGAGAGACAUACAGAGUUGGAGAGGGAGAAAGAGAGGCAGAAGGAGAUGGAAGAGCUGAAGAAGCUGAAGAAAGAGGAAGUGUUUGAGAGUCAGGAAAUAUUGAAGAAGCAGUGGGAAGUGAAACAGAAAAUGAUGGAAAAAGAAAUGGAGAAAAAGCAAAGAGAAAUGAAAAGAAAGUUUCAAGAAAAACAGAAAGAAAUGAAUCAAUGCUUGAGUGAAAGACCGCAAAGGAUUGAGGAGGAGAAGCAGCAGAGAGAGAAGAAGAUGGAGCGUUUGAAAGAGAUCGAGAGGGAUACCAAGAAAAAAGGAGAGAUGGAAUUGAUGGAGAAAGAGGACACACUCAGACAGAUGGAACUGAAGCAACUGGACGAGUUGAACAAGAAAACCAAAGAAAAAGUGUUGGAAAGAAAAGCCAAGGAGGAGAGGUUGAAAAAGCUGGAGAGAUCUAAAGAGUUAGAAAGGGAGACACAGAAGACAGAGAAAGAACAGCUAAAAGUGUUCAAGACAGAGGAAGAAACGCAGAAAGAGAUGGAUAGAUUGAACGAGUUGGAAAGAGAAAAGGCAAGAAAACAAGAUCAUGAGAAAUUGGAAGAGAUCAAGAGACAAGAAGAACUGAAAAAACAAUUGGAAGAUGAACAGAAAACAAUGGAAAAAGAAAUGUUGGAAAAGCACAGAGAAAUGGAAAGACAACUUCUUCAAAAACAGAAAGAAAUGGAACAAGGUUUGAAUGAGAGACAGCAAAAGAUUGAGGAGGAGAGGCAGCAAAGAGAGAAAGAGAUGGAGCGUUUAAAAGAGAUGGAGAGAGAUAUCAAGAAAAAGGGAGAGAUGGAACUGAGGGAGAAAGAGGACACACUCAGACAGAUGGAACUGGAGCAGCUGGAAGAGUUGAGCAAAAGGGCCAUGUUAAAUGAAAAUCAGAAAAAAGAUUUGGAUAGAAAAGCAAAAGACCAGAAGAGAGCAGAACAUCAAAGACAGAUGCAAAUGGAGGUGGAGAAGCAAAGAGAAAGAGAAAGAGUUUUGGAGGAGCAACAAAGGGAGGCAGAUGAGAAAAAACAUCAGCUGCAAUUACAAGAAGCUUCAGCAGCUGAAGAAAAGGAGAAACUCAAAGAAAUUGAGAAAACAAUGACAUUGAAAAAUAAAGAUAUGCUAAAACAGAUGGAGGAAAGCUGGAGAAAAACAGCCCGACAGAAGGAGGAGGAAUGGGAAGCAAAAUACAGAGAGAUAGAAAAACAGAGAGAACAGGUAGAAAAGGAUGCCAUCAAAGGGAAAGAAAUAUUACAAGAGCUAAGGAGGGAAGAACAGAGAAGACAGAUUCAAAUUGAAAAAGAAAAACAAAAAGAGAUAGAAAGACUGAUGGAUAUCCAAAGAAAGGAGAAUGAGGAGAGACAGAGAGAUGUGGAGAACAGAGAGUUGGCUAAAAAGAGACAAGAAAAAGAGGAGAACCUGAGGCAAAGCCGGAGUGAAGUAAAAGAAAAACUAAAGGAAUUGGAGUUACAGAAAGCUGUAGAAGCACAGAUGGAGAACAAGAUCAAGGACAUAGAAAGAAAGAUACAAGAUAAAAACACUGCUGAUUUAAAGCAAACAGAGGAAAAGUGGACAAAAGUAGCCCUGCAAAAGGAUGAUGAGUGGAAAGAGAAAUGCAGAGAGAUUGAAAAACAAAGAGAGGAGGUCGAAAAAGAGACAAAAACGAGGGAAGAACAGGUGAAACACCUUGAGCAGGAGAAAAAUCAAAGUCAGAUUCAAAUAGAAGAGGAGAGACAAAAUGAGAGAGAAAGGCUCCUAGAGAUCCAAAAAAUGGAGAUGGAGGGGAGCCUAAGAGAGAUGGAACAGAGAACAUUGGAAAUGGAGAAAAAAGAAGAGAAAAGACGUCAGUAUAUUGAGGGGAAAGAAAGAGAGAUGGAACAGAAAAUUCAGAGACAGAGGGAAGAGGAAAUGGAGAGAAAGAGACAAGAGGAAGAAAUGCAGAGACAAAAACAAGAGGAAGAAAUGCAGAGGCAAAGACAAGAGGAAGAAAUGCAGAGGCAAAGACAAGAGGAAAUGGAGAGUCAGACAAAGGAGGAAGAACAGGAGGACAAGGGAACAUUCUGGGAACAAACUGAUGAUGAGUGUAGUGAUGAGAGCAGUGAUGAGACUAAUGAUGAUGAGAGGGAAUCACAGGAUGAGACAAAUGGUCCGGUCCAAGAUAAGAGUAUGAGAAGGAGGUUCAUCGGAUGGGUCAACGGAAAGAUGAAAGAGCGAUACGAGACAAAAAUUGAGAGGACCAUCAUGAGAGAAGAGAAAGAAGGUGAAGAACCUUAUUUUCAUGUUUUCAAAGGAUACAUGACCCGGGCCAAAAGAGAGCAGGAGAAACGCAAGAGCCUAGUGGAUGCAGAGGCAAAAAGACAAAAUCUAGAGUCAUUCUGGCUUGAGUGGGAAAAAGAAAAGAAAGAGAAAAAGAUAAAGAGGAAAGAGCAGAAGAAAGAGGCCAGAAGCCAAGCCCAGUUGGCCCGCAUUCUCAAACUGAAUGAAGAGGCUGACAGGAACCUUGAUAAGUAUAAUGGCACUAAAAUAUACUCCUCCCAGAACAAACUCUUGAGGAAACAGAUGAUUGGCUGGGAUAGGAAAAGAAAAUAAGAUCACCUUUAUAUUAUUCUAAAUAUAUUAUUUG